UUGCAGGCAACCGUUUGGUAUCAUCUUCAGCGCGCUGAAUCGAAAGAUUUCGAAAAUGAUGAGGAGGAAGAUUCAGCAGCAGAUUGUAGAGAAGCGAACAACAAAUCUACGAUUAAAUAUUCAUCGUUGAAAAUACUGUACAAUAAGCUCUUUGGCACAAUGCCAGCGGAUGAAUUUUGCGAACUGGAAAUAUUUGCACUUGCGUUAUCGGUGUUUUCACGACUAGCCGACAGUGAUCUGCCAAAUCUACCAGGUCUGUAUCAGGGUCCCCGAAAUAACCUUUGCAAUUAUCUUCACGAAAGUAAGGGUCAUCGGGACCGCAUUAAUGUCGUUGCCGUACCGCAACUGUGGAGAAUUCUUGCGCUUUACUAA